AGUUGGAUUAUUAAAUCAACAUGGUAUCAGAGCACAACGAUCCUCGUCUCUCUCUUCCUUUGCUGCGCUAAUCAUCGAGAAAAAAAUCGGCAGAGCCGAUUUCUUCACUGCCGAUCAUGCCGUGCACAGCCAUGGCUUCUGUCUCGUCUGAUCCUAUGGAUCGUCUUCCUACGGGUCUCAAGUUGUUUGUCCGGAAUCUUCAAUCCCUCACUCCGGUCAAGCUUGAUGACACCAAUUAUCCCUCUUGGUCGGCCACUGUCCGUGCAAAUCUCCUCGCUCAUCGUCUCCUCGGCUACGUGGAUAGAUCUGAACCGUCUCCAUCGUCUUUUGUCCUUGAUGAGAAGGCUGCGGCACCCGGCAAGGAUGAACCGCCGGUCAUGAAACUAAAUCCGGCCUAUGAAUCAUGGAAUAUUGUUGAUGCUCAAAUUCGGGCCUGUCUCCUUGCUAUUGUCUCACCCACGGUUCAAACACAUAUUCAUGCUCUUCCCACCUCGGCUGCAAUCUGGAAUCAUCUAGAACAACGGUACAAUUCUCUUUCACGAACUCAUAUUUUUCAACUGAAGGAGCGACUACAUGGUGUUACUAAAGGGACCGAUUCGACGCAAUCCUAUUUGGACACUGUUCUCACAAUUGUGUCAUCUCUAAAACUGGCUCAUGAAGCAAUUUCUGAACAAGAUAUUAUUCUCUGUGUUCUUCGCGGUCUACCGGCCGACUAUGCCUCCCUCAAGCAGAAUAUUCGCACCAAUAUUGCCACCGUCACGUUUAAUCAGGCACUGGUAGAGGUCGUGGCCGAGGACCACUGCGAGGCUGAGGAGGGCCUUACCGCGGCAGUCAACCCGGCGGCAGAGGCGGACGGCAGCCGCAGUACCGUGACGACGCCCGCAGCAGAGGAGGUGGCCGAGGGGUGUCCGUCACCUGCCAGCUGUGUGGGAAGCCUGGCCAUGCGGUCUGGAACUGUUGGCACCGCUACGACGAAUCAUACACUGGUCCUCCGCCGGCGUAUUAUGCAAAUCAAUCCAUUGAAUCAGGUUCGAACUGGCACCUAGACACUGGCGCAAACACUCAUGUCACGUCUGAUCUAUCCCGGCUGAAUUCUAUGUCACCAUAUCAUGGCACCAACUCCAUCACGACUGCGGGAGGUAACACAUAUC